CUAUUUUCAACUGCCAAAAGGAAAACAGAAAAGAAUUCAACUUUCUAUCUAUCAUCAAGGUGAGUGUUCGCAGCAACUGAAAUAGAAGAAAUGGCGGCUGCUGCUGCUGCUAAUGCUACUGCGCACUCCUUCUCGAAAGUUCUGGCAACCAAUCUGCCACGUCAGAAUAAACUCCAUUACAGAGAACUUUCAGCUCGGGCGAUUACGCCGAGACCACUGAAGCGCUCGUUUCUCGGCGCCAAGCUAUUCUGCGUUCAGCCUUGCACCCUAACACCUCAAUUCGUGUCUUGUUGCAACACCAAUCGCCGGCGCCACCCUCUCGCUUCCACCGCCAUCUCCUUCAGCCUCCCCACCGCAAAUCCAGAGCGAGUUUCUUCGGUUGACAACGUUCCCAAAUGGUCUGGGAAGGCUAUAAAGUCAUUCGCGAUGGGAGAGUUGGAGGCUAGGAAAUUGAAGUAUCCCACUACGGGGACCGAAGCCCUUAUAAUGGGAAUUCUCAUUGAAGGAACUAAUGUAGCUGCUAAAUUUUUGCGAGCGAAUGGGAUUACACUUUUUAAGGUGCGUGAUGAAACUGUGAAGUUGCUUGGGAAAGCUGAUAGGUUUUUCUUCAGCCCUGAGCAUCCUCCAUUGACUGAAGAAGCCCAGAGGGCCCUUGAUUGGGCGGUUGAUGAAAAAUUAAAAUCUGGUGAUGGUGGUGAAAUAACCACAGCCCAUAUACUUCUUGGGGUUUGGUCUGAAGUGGAAUCCCCUGGUCAUAAGAUAUUGUCCAUCCUUGGCUUUAAUGAUGAAAUAGCUAAAGAGCUGCAAUCAUUAAUUUCUAAACCCAGUUUCAAGGAUGAUUGAUGUUGAGCUUUUAGAUCUAUGAAAAAAAUAAAUUUGAUUUGAGUGUAUUGUGAUAAUUAAUUUGAUGUAAUUGUAUAAUAGUUGGAUAAACGGGCUUUUUAUGCCCUGUUGGUUAAUUUACUAGUUUCCAAA